CCCGCCUUGCCUAAUUCCUACCUCUAUAAUUUCUCUUGGUCCCCUCAUUAUUUAUCAUUGUCAAAACAGCUACUCCAAAGCUUUGCGUUCGUAAUCUUGACGAAGCAAUGGAGGACUCUCCACCUCCAUACUCGGGACCAUACCCGGCACCAUACCCGGCACCAAACGCCCAGGCACAUGUCCAACAUGUUGACUCCAUUCCAUUUUCAGAUCCAGAUCUGGAAACAUUCUCUCAUCCUCACGUAUUGCUUAUAAGCGUUAUCAAAUCAGUCGAUGGCUUGGGCGCGACGGUGAUUCAUUACUGGACAGCCCGCUCACCCACGACUUCUAUCACCAUCUACUCCAAGCUUGGCCUCAAUAGCUUCCAACAUGUCCGGGACUUUCGGGAAUUGGGUACAUUUACGCUGCCUACGGGAAUCGAACCUUCCAAUGUCCACCAGUGUCUAACAUCUCUAAUCACUGAAUCUCCAACAAUAUCUUCAGACCCAGAAAUCAUUCCGCAUAUCGUGGCACAGCUUUCGUCUCGUUCGCAAAAUGAUGGCCUAUCGGUCCAGCUGUUUUCUAUCCCCGUGUUUAAUAACAGUGCAGAAGAGUUGUUAAUUGGUGGUCCUAUCCCCUUGUGGAAAUGAGCAAAACCUACAAGUUUAUACGGACGGAAGACAGGAUUCUGGGAGGUAGAGCUGGGGAAGGCAAUUGAAGAUGGUGAAUGGAUGGCGGGAAAAGAGUUGCAAAUACUAGUGAAGGGGGUCCCUGAUGAAAACGCAGAGGACCUGAAGAAGGACAGGAUGAAGUUCGGAAUCCUAAAACCAACGGGGCAAACAAAUAAUGAUUGAGGCGGAAAUUAAUGGUAUUGAUUUUCUGUUUGCCGUUUUACCGAAGCCAAUAACAUGGUCGGCUCACUAUUUGGAUCAAAAAAACUUGGGAGGAUGUAACGAGAAACUCCAAACAAUUUAGCCAUCCACCAUUUUAUUUUGUAAAUAUGAAUUAAUUCCUAAG